GCGCUGGAGCUCGAGCACGCAUGCAGCACGCAAGAUGAGUGUGUUUGUCUGAAACGAAUCAGCUCCCUUAUAAUCCCAAACUCAAGGGCUUCCUGCCAUUGUUUUUGUUCCUAUCGGCAUCGAUGACAUGCAAAGCUAGUCCUGACUUGUUUGUCACUUGUAGAUAUUUUUCACAAACCCAAUCCCUGUGGAAGUGUCCUGGUGUUGUCCGAUGGCUCCUAGUCGCUGAAAAUAUCUAGAGGUUAGAUUGUCUAUUUAGAACGUCAUUUGAAUUUUAGAUUGUGUUUGAACACAAUUUCUUGGAAUAAUGGAGGCGUUCGUGACGUUGACCACCAACGCUGCUUACAGCAAAGGUGCAGUCACGUUGGGCCAAUCAUUGCGCAAUGUCGGUACCACGCGAAGGCUGGUGGUUCUGGUCAGCUGCGGAGUUCCCCCAUCUGCUCGGGAUGACUUGGCAAGCGUCUGGGAUGAGCUGAUAGAGGUAGAUGUUAUGAACACACCCAAUCCGGAAAAUCUCGACCUGUUUGGUCGGCCAGAACUCGGCGUGACUCUGACCAAGCUCUAUGCUUGGAAGCUGACCAUGUACCAGAAAUGUGUCUUCCUUGACGCCGACACCUUGGUGUUACAAAAUAUCGAUGACCUAUUCACGAGACCAGAGCCAUCAGCCGCUCCGGAUGUUGGCUGGCCAGACUGCUUCAACUCUGGUGUUCUAGUUCUCGUGCCCUCACUGAAGACAUACGAUGAAUUAAUACGAUUGCUGGCACAGAAGGGAACGUUUGAUGGUGGCGAUCAAGGCCUGUUAAAUUCCUACUGGAGUGACUGGUCGACGCUGGGGGCCCGCCAUCGGUUACCGUUCACCGACAAUCAGACUGUUUCGCCAGUGUAUACAUACGUGGCAGCGUGUAAACAGUAUGGCCAUCGUGCGCGAGUACUGCACUUCUUGGGCACACUGAAGCCCUGGCACCAUGCGUACAGCUCCAAACACAGACAGUUGUACUUGAACGCUGACUCCGGUCCUGAUCAGCGAGGUUCGGUUGAGCAGUUGAAGAAGUGGUGGUCUGUGUAUACUCAGUGGGCCGACAAAACCGACCAGCCAUUGUCAAGUGCUGGUCAGCAUUCCAGCGUGUCAACACUUGAAGUUGCCGCGUCAUCCCCGUCAUCCACCAGUACACCGGCACCAGCAUCUAGUCGCAUGGCAAUGCAGCAGUCAUCAUCGCGUGCAGCAGCAGCACUGACACCAGCGCCGACUUGGGACGAGCAGCGUGACCGCGACAGUCGACAGCGCUGGGAGCAGGGCAACCCGGACUACUACGGCCAGGAGAACUUUGCCAACGUCCAGGCUCACCUGCAGAAGAUGCUGUCAAGUCCGCCAAGUGACCAUGGUGCUGGUAGUGGACACUAAGAUGCUGUCAAGUCCGCCAAGUGACCAUGGUGCCGGUGGACACUAAUUACCGUAGUUGUGCAGCGUGCAUUGGCAGCAGCCUGUGCUCUGCAUCAUGAACUAGGCACCGACUAGUAAUAUAUUUGACCGACCGGAGAAGUGGAUCCGUUCAUCUUAGUGUUUGUGCGCCGUCGCCGUGGUCACGAAUAGGACUGGCAUACGUGUGUGUGAAUAUCACUUGUGUUGUGGCUGCUGCCGGUCUUGUCUCUGGAGUGCCACGUUUCCGUGUUCUGUGAUGUGCCGGAAAUGAUGCUGACUCUUGACAUGACACUGGACAGCGCUUCUACACACAAUGGAGUAGGUUGCUCGUGACCUGUCUGUCUUGCUCACAACUGUAUCCCGUCAGUCCCCUCCCCCCCCCCCCCCCCCCCCCCAGCAAUGGGACGGCUCUUUCCGAUGACCUGAUGCCGCACUCCGGGAACACAGUCUCGACGUUUAGGCUAAUCGUUUGGCACCAUCACACACGUUGUCUUAACUGUGUUGUCCUCGCGUCCACAAGCCUGAGGGGUUGGGCAAGAUGGCCGUAGACUGCCUUAGCGGUUCUUUUCCUAGUUUUAUGCGUCGGUGUGCGAAUGUUGAAUAAUAGGUUUAUCUAGAUCCCAUCCCCGCUUCCUUUUAGCACAGGCCAUGCCCAGCAGCACAUGAGCUUGGGUACUAGAUUCAUUUCACAUGCACUCGCAUUAGCACUGUGUUUAUUUUUUAUUUUUUUUAUUUUUACUGAGUGCAGCAAAUGCUUGCAUGCUCCAUGCAUUUGUUUCUUAUAUUAUUUUAUUCUAUUACUGAGUUUGACCGGCCUUUUAGGUGCAUACGUCGAAUCACAGCCGUAUAUUUCCAAUUGUUCAAGUACUUAACCCUGUAUGUCUUUUAUCAGAAUUCUUACCGUACUCAUUCGAAUUUGCCAACCCAGCGGGGAGUAGUAAAAUACCGGUAUCUCACUACUCCCUGGUGCAUAGCAUGAUUUUGGUUGCAUUUUCUAGCGCCGGCGCGCCAUUCAAACUUUUGUUCCCCUUACAUGUACAUGCUUGUAUUCAUAAUUAUUAGCAUGGAAUGUAGCCAGCCCGAUGUCA